AUGAUGAUCAAAGGUCGUGGCAAACGGCAGGAUGCCGGCGGCCUUGCCGAUCUUGGCAUUUGCUUCGGUGAUAUUCUACCGGCUGUUCGAGAGAGAUAUCCGAAUCAAAGGAUCAAUAUAGUGAUCCGUACUGUACGAGCACCUUCCGCCAUUUUGAGUGCCGCACGUGGAGGUAUGAUUAUACUGGAUCUGGUAGCCGACGCCGACAUCUACAUCUAUGGAACUAACAAUAGAGUCGGAACGAUCACUAUAGCUGGCACGAUAGUGUUGGUAGUACAGAUACAAGGAAACCGUUUAGUGGGUACAGCAGAGAUUACAAAUCUCAAACUAACCGAUAGAGCAGGAACACUUGGCCUGCCACAAGAUGCACUCGAUAACCUCGGAAAUCUCGGCAAGGAACUCAUUCAAAAGUUACUGAGCGACACACUCCAGAAGGGCAUCGUGCUCAACCUACCACUGAACAAUCUGGGUGGCUUACCCAUCAAUAUCGUCAAUCCACAAGUACGGAUCAUUGAGCACGGUCUGCAUAUCGGCACAGACUUGACAAUCUCACCGUCAUUACUCGGUAUCGAAGCGAUCCAAUGCUGA